AUGGAAGAUACCGACACUUGUGCCACCACAGAAAAUGCCUCCAUGGGGAGGAACUGGGGCGCUCAAGCGAAGCUGGUUUCUAGGACCCGGAGGGGGUUGGCAGUGUGCAUAGCGUUAUACCUUGUCACCUGGUACUGGGAGGGAGAAUGUGUUGUUCGCUGCUUGGUGGGAGACGCGAAAGUGACGGAUAUGGCGCAUGUCAGCGAGUCCGUCAGGCCGUCGGAUCCGGAGAGCGUGGAAAGCUCUCAGAAGGCUUCCCAUGCAGCCGAGGCCAAUGCACUGCGGAGUGCGGACACUCUUAAUAGGGCCACGUCGCAGAUCAAUGAGAGCAACGCAGAUGAGCAGGAGACUCCUCCAUCUGCGGAGUUGUCCGCAUCGCAGGGGUGGGACCUUCAGACACCUGCGUACUCAGACUUCGAAUACGAUUACGACUACGGGGCUCUGCAACCAGAAGGCUGCCCAGGAGGGGGCUGCCUACAGUACCGGGACAGUGCAGAAGUGGUAGAAGAGGAGAGCUUCAAACGAAGGAAGCCAGUGGUCGUCACCCGCAGAAGACAAGGUUCAGAGUGGUACUAUCCGGAGGACGAAACAACAAGUAGCAAGAUUUUGCGUGGCAUCGGUUACGGAUGGAUUGCGUUCAUGGUCUACGCUGUUAUCCGGCACGGGAUCACCGAACGCGGCAGCGAUCUCUACUACGACGAUGGCUAG